CAGUGCGGCAGGGGCGGGGCGAGCGCAGCCCGUUGCGGUGCCCGCUGCAGCGCCCGCUGCAGCGCCCGCAGCCCCGCUCUCACCGUCGCCAUGUACCUGUGCAGGGCCGCCUCGCAGGCGCUGGCCGCUCGCCUCAGCCGGGCGCCCUCGGCUGCCGGCCGUCUCGCGCAGCGCGCACCUCUUCGCCAGAUGUCAUCUGGGAGCGUUCCCGGCUCUUCCGGAGAGAACAUGAUUUACUAUCUCAUCACUGGGGUUGCUGCAUUUGGUGCUUUGUUCUAUACCUACAAGGUAGUUGGUUCAUCCCGCAGCAACUACAUUGAACAUGUGAAUGUUCUCCACGAGAGAGGGCAGAAACACAAAGCUGACUCUUACAAGGGUGAUGAAGAGGAGACUGCUGAAGUCACUGGAGCAGAUGUGGCCGCGGAAGAAGCUGAUGCAGCAACUGCUGCUGGAUCUGCAGCACAGGAGGAGAGUUCUGGGGCUACCCCAGAAACUGGAGGAGAGAGUGACUUGCCGGCUGCAGACGCAUCCACUGCUGUGGAGGGAGCACAGCAGGAAGCUGCUGCUAAUUCAGAAGCUCCUGCAGUGCAAGGUUAAUCUAUGAAUGUGGGUUUUGCGUGUGUGUUGUGAGUUUUGAAACUCUGCUUCUUAUGACAGAACAUAAAGAACAAAUGCCAGCAUUCCUAAUGGAGGGUGUCCUGUAGCAAAAACUAAUUCAGGUGUUACCUUAGCAUAUCAUGAGUGUAAGGUGAUCACAGCUUUCUAGAAAGUUUGUUUACUAGUGUCUCUAAAAGCGUGCUGCCUGUGGCACCAGAGUUGGUCUAAAGCUAGGAGAAUGAAAAGUUUCUUUUAUCACCCCCCCCCUUUUACUCCUUCAAGUCCUUAUGUUAAGGGGUAAGCAUGUAAUGCAAUUGAUUAAACCAUUAUUCCUGUGACCUGGUUCCUAAGGGUCUGUUAAGGAAUCUAAGUGUUGUAUUUCACAGGCUUUUCCUAAGAUGUUCAUAUUAAAUAGUAUAGUUCUUCUGACAGUGAACUUCGAUGGAAUUGUGUAACAACCCACGUAUCAUUAUGAUCUUGGUCUUAACGGUUUAUGAGGUUAAAAGUUUCAAAACACAAUAAAAGCAUCCCAUUAGCGUUAAACACAAGUCAGGUGGAGGCUACAUAUCCCAUACUCCUAACUCUGUUUCAGAUACUUCAGUUUAUCUUUCCUUUUUAAUUUUACAAUAAUACAAAUGCAAAUGUAUCCGUAAGUUGCAUAAAAUGCAAAAUUACAAUUUAACUUGAUUUUUUAAUUUUGUUAUGCAGUCAGACUUAUUUACUGCUAAUCUGUAAGUAUUGAGCAGUAACUUUUCCCUCUCUAUUGGUUCAAUUAAAGUUGAAUGGGACACACCUGGAACAAUUUGAAUUUCUUGGUAGAUAGGAAAGCAGCAAACAUUGCCAUUUGGUAUGCGAUGUUCUUUAAAAACCAACAAAAAAAGAAACAAUGGGCAAGUCUAUGACGAAGGAGAAAAUUCACUGUAAUCCUUGCUUUCGAAAGGAGGACUUCAGUGUAGUAAGUAGGAUAACCAGUGAUAGUUUUCAGUUGGAAUUAAACAUGGAACCCUUACUGGAUGUUCAUGUUUGACUUCUUUUGAGAAAAUAAAUGUGCAUCUACUUAAAAGGAGAGAUCCAAAAUGCAAGGCAAACUGAAGUUGAAAGGAUUUCAGCUGCUAGUGUGCAGGAGGUUACUGUAGUACCUUGAAAAGUAUUGUCUGAUUCCAGAAAUAUUUUUGCCUUUUUCCUUGGUGGCUCCAUUGAGGGUGCAUCUUAGUUGCCUCUUUAACAAAUUUGGGAUGUGGCCCAGCUUUUCAAAUGGUUGACUACUGCAAAAACUUUGGAUGUGAACGGGAUUUUAUCUCCUUUGUGAGUAGUUCCCGUGCAUGUCUGCAAAACAAGCCGUUAACGUAACAGAUCUUAAAACAAUGCUGGGUCCAACCUGCAAGUAUGUUUGUUGUGACUAUUGCUGUUAACAUAAAAUGUUUAUGAGGUAGCAAUUAAAAUACCUGCAGCUUAAAAAAACCCAAUCAAGCUAUUUCUGUAGAACGUUUAGGCAACUUCAUUUAGAAAAGAAACAUUCUGGUACAUGUUAAAGUUGAUGAAUCAAAGCUGCUGAGAGAGAUGCUAUAAGAUAUCUUUAUCUGUGUUACCUACAAAGCAAUCGCAAGUUUUCAUUCUUACGAGUGGGCGCUCAUGUGUAUCCAGUAGUGCUGAACGUUUCUUUCACCGUGCUGAUCUUGGGAUAGCUACUGCUUGCUGGGUAGGGUGGGAUUUCUGUACGGUGAAUAUUCCUAUCAUUCUCUUGAAUAUGAAGCAGCAAAGGCUCUACGCUUUUGCCUGAGAAACAUUGUGUGCACCUAUAUUGAAUCUGAGUAUUUAAAGCUAGGCACGGUAACUUUGUGUAGUUAGUUGCUAUUUUUAUAAGAGUGAACCUGUGCUGUGUAACCAUGAGUUACUGCUGGGGCUGAGCAGAUGUGUUACUUAGCAAUUACUGAUUUCCUAAGUCUGUUUUCUCUGGCAACAUAGUGAAAACCCAACGCUAGAACAGUGCUUCUGUUGCAUAGGUAUUUGUAAGGGAUUCUGAGGGCUGUCUCUAUCCAGUCUUGCUGCAGCGAUUAUUCUUUGCUGGCAGAAAUGAACACGUGGGACAUAAAAUUGUAGACAUGGGUGUGAAAUUGUUGCUUCAGCCAUCUUCCUUCCAGCCUCUAGUCAGGGCAUUACAUAUUAACCAGAACAUGUCACGUCUCGCAGCAGCUGUGCUUCACCUUGGUGAUCACCGGUGUCUGAAGCAAGGGAGUGUCUGAUCUCUUUGGCAUUUCCAGGAUGUUAGAACUUGCUUCAGAGAACAGGUCUCUGUUGCCACUGGUCACUAACAAAGGCUGUUGGGAUUAAUUGUAAUUGUGCCUAAGCUAAGAGUGAAGGUUCACGUGAGGUUCCUCUGCUAGGGCUAAGUUGAGCCGUGGCCGCUGUGUAACCUGAGUGCCACUGUGGGAAGCUGCCAAGGCGGCCGGGGCCCUGUCACCAGGUCACCUUGGUGUUCCUUUGCACGUCCGGGCCCGGCCUGCUGAACAGCCAGGCUUCUGAGCAGCUGACUCCUCAGGCCCUGGCCUUGUGAAGGUUUUAACAAACACCACAGGGUCUUGACACAAAAGCUUAAAUCAGCAUCCCUUUCCAAAAAGCUAGUAUAUUAAAUGUGAGAAGAGAGUUCUUUGCCCUGUAUGUGUACCACUUUGUUCAGGGUGCUUCUCUAUGUCUUGGAAAAGUGGUGGUUUAUUUAGUAAUUAAAAGCACUUCGGAAAAUACCUUUUGGUUCUGUAUUUGACCAUAUUGAUCCUUCUCUCCAUUGAGAGAAGAAGUGUCUGUACUUUUACUGAAGCAGAGAAGUGUUUUCUCUCAAAACUGACAGGGGAAAUGCAGGCUUACUCUGAAGAAUAGUCAUUUAAAUCACUUAUAUUAGUUUUGCUGCUAGGGUGAUAAUACUUCUGUUGAUGAAGGUGCAAUUAUUUUUAUUUCCAUUAAACCUCUGCUUUCUUAAAUGCAAUUUUUUUCCUUUAAUAUAACACUUCCUGUAGCAUCUUCGGAAAUGUAAGUUGUUCAACCAAUGAGUGAUCAUCUCAAGGGUCCAGCAAGCAAACAGAAUGAAUGUGUGAGUUCCUGUGGAUGC